CGUUCUUGCGAUUCGUAGUUGUCGCCAAACCACUCCGAGACAACCCCACGGCAGAAGAGAAUAUAGUACUAGACUACGUGGCACUCUCCAAAGACUGCAAUGAGAUCUUCAUCGCGUGGGAGAACCUGGCCGAGUACCUUAGCAAAGCCAACCCAGUAGUGCUCGAGGCCCUAUCUCUGAUCAUCCACGUGUGCACACACAACCGGCAACACCGAUCCUCGGGUGCGGCAGUGGUGCGUCGUGUACUACGCCAGCGCAUGCGGUCUGUGUACUCGUGUGUGGGAUCAGACAAUGCCACAGGCGUCAAGGGAGCCCUGUGGUUCCUUGUGGCUGCGGCCAGACACUCGGGCACCUGCGCUAAGGAGAUUGUGACGACGUUUAAUUUCUCGCUGCCG